AUGCCGGAGAUUAAGGUGGCCAACCAGACUCUCGUCCCUCCGAGCAAGGCCAUCAAUCCGAACGUGAAGGAUGUCAUUCUCAGGAGCACCCGCUUCAACGUCCCGAUGCUGGAGGCAAUGAACCUGGUCACCCCAGGCAUGCGCUAUCUCGGGCUCAAGCUUGACAACAACUUGGGCUUGACUGUUGAUGGCCUGCCCAGCCGCGAACAAUUCGAUCGCAUGUCAGAGACUGAGAUUGUUGAGCUCAAGGGGAGGCUCUGGGCCCGAGUGGAGGCCAGGAAGGAUCAUGGCCAGGUCGGGCAGGCAAGAGUGCCCCAAGACAUGCUCCGCACGCUAUGGUUUAUCUUGAGCCCAGGCGGCAAAACGACUCACGUGCAUGGCAACUAUCUGGCACUUCGUGACAAGAUUUCGCAGCUGCUGAUCAUGGGUGAGGGAGCUGCCUGGUCUGCCCGCUCCGUUCUUGACACGGUCCAGAACUACCACGGGAUCGUGAAACGCGAGAUUCACCUGCUCCGGGCGUUUCGGCCGCGCGCAGUUCAACAUGGAAGAAGAACUCUGCCUCUUGAACGCUGGCUUCCCGCGUUGGCGGCCCGCAUUCGCCACGUCGACUCUGUACACUACCGUGGAGAAGCGUCGGAAGGCAGUGCCUGGGAAAGAAUGACCAAUACCGCACUUCGACUGGACGAGGAAGUCAAGGCCGGCAAGGCCAACGCCGGCGACGACCUCGUUGCAGUCAUGAACGAGAUGGCAGACUAUGCGACUCAACAUUUCCCCGUGGACGCCGUGGAGGAGAUGGUUAAGAAACUCCAUCAUCUCGCUCAUGAUGACAGCGCGGUCGUUGGCAAUGGCGAUGCGGAGGGCCGUGAUGGCGACGAGUAG